AUGGCCACAGCUACCAUUCAAUCCAUUGCGGCUGAUUCAGUCACCAAGCAAGAAGCCCGCUCAACAACAUACCUUGCAUCCCGUCUGGCAGCUAAAGACACGAUAAGCGAUGCCGACUUCACAAUUCCUGUGAUUGACCUUACGCCAUCAUAUUCUCAAUCACUCGACGAUCGAAAGUCUGUAGCCUUACAGAUACGACAAGCGUGCACUACCUCAGGCUUCUUCUACGUCACGCACCACGGCAUCCCUUCCAGUACUCUGCAGUCUAUCUUACAGCAAGCAGAGCGCUUCUUCAAAUUGCCUCCAGCCUCCAAACAAGAUCUGCACAUCAAACGGAGUAAGUACGGGUAUGGGUGGGAGCCCAGCGAAUAUACCUCGCUUGCCGGCGAUUUGGAAUCGAAGGAGGGUUUCAAUUUUGGGUAUGAAGAGGGCUUAGACCGAAGCGGUGGAGAUGGAAAAUACAGAAAUUUAGACGGAAGUGACGAGAAAGCGAACCUUUGGCCGAACGAAGCGGUAAUACCGGGAUUUUAUGAGGGUGUUGGCGAGUAUUAUGGCGCUGUACUGAAUCUUGCUCGCCAUAUGUUCAGACUCUUUGCGCUUUCCCUAGACCUACCAGAGAAUCACUUUGAUUCUAUGACCACGCAUCCGGGAGGUAUCGCACGCUUGCUUUACUACCCUCCACCUAAGAAUUCUCAGCCCACCGUGUCAGAGUCAGCUCAGCAGAAGGAACAAAUCGGUUUAGGCGCCCAUUCCGACUAUGAGUGUUUUACACUCUUGCUUUCUUCGACUACGCCUGGUCUCGAGAUCCUCAAACCAUCUGGUCAUUGGCACGUUGCGACACAUAUCCCCGACGCGUUCAUCAUCAACGUCGCGGACUUCAUGAUGCGGUGGACAAAUGAUGUGUACAAGUCGACCAUUCAUCGCGUUGUUAAUAGAAGCAACCAGGUCAGAUAUAGCGUACCGUUCUUUUUCUCUGUCAACUAUGAGGAGGUCAUUGAGACGCUACCGACAUGCUUAAAAGACGGAGAGAAGCCAAAAUACCGGCCGAUCGGAGCAGGAGAAUAUAUUCUCGAGAGACUGAAUGCUACGACGAAGGAUGGGGCGGGCUUCUAUGGAAACGAGGAAGUCUUCGAAAAGGGCGAAGCGUAA